AUGGGAAUUGGUCAAAGCGCCAUUAACAAAGGAUAUAUUAGUGAAAAUGAUGCAGCCAAGAUCUGUGAGUCAACAUAUUUCACGGAGAAACAGAUAAACAUACUAGCAACCCUUUUCAGAAAAAUGACCAUGAAAUUCCAUGUAGACUUGGAGACAUUUUGCACGACAUUGAAUAUAGAAAACAAAGAAAUUGGCGAAAUACUAUACAACAUCGUUGACUCCGACGGUUCCGGAAAUAUCAACUUCAUCGAAUUUGUACAGGGACUUAAUAUUUUCCACCCCGCCGCACCUUUUAAAGAAAAGGCCAAGAUGUGUUUCCAAGCGUACGAUCGAGAUGGAAGUGGAUUGGUCUCCAAAGAUGAAAUCUUAAAGGUUCUUAAAAUUUCUCUCAGGAACAAUGAUUUGAUUGACUUUGAGGAUGCUAAAGUUGAUCAGUUAGCUAAUCAGUUGGACAAAGAAUAUUCGAGAAACAAUACAGGCGAGUUAAGUUAUACUGAGUUCUACAACAUGGUACAAAAUGCUCCAGGAGUAAUUGAGAGCUUUGACUUAGAUAUUGAUACAUUAUUUGGUUAA